GGGAGGCCGGGCGGGGCGGCGGGGCGGCGGGGCGGGCAGCGGAGGCCUGCGCGGCCGUCCCCUCGGGCGAGCCGGGCCUCAGCGCGCUUCCCGCGCUUCCCGCGCACGCUGCCUGCCGGGGAGGUUUCCAGAGGAGGGGGCCCUCUGCGAGGCGGUCGCCGCGGUCCGCAGGCGUGGGUUGCUGAGGGCUCUCGGACUCUGACACGGCUGGCCCCGAGCCGGCUGGCCCCGAGCAGCCGGGUCGCCGUCUCGAUUCCCGAUUUCUCUGAAAAUCACAGACGCUGCGCAAGUGCGGUCUGGAGACAUCCGCUGGGCAUAAACUCUCUCUGAGGGUUCGAGGGCGGAGUUAGAGAGAGGAGGCCAGACGGCGGAGGCCGUCCAUCCGCUGGGUCACUCCCGAGUGGCCGGAGCCGCGGGCCGGGAAGCGGCUUCCUCCGGCUCUCCCACGCGCGUUCGUGGCGGCGCCGCGCCGACCCGAAGCCAGGAGCUUCUCCCGGGCCUCCCACGCAGGGGCAUGGGCCCAGGGACUUGGGCCAUCCUCCACGGCUUUCCCAGGUCUUGGCUGAGAGCGGGACCGGAAGUGGAGCAGCUGGGACUCGAACCGGCGCCCUUAUGGGAUGCUGGUGCCGCAGGCAGAGGCUCCGCCCACUGCGCCACAGCGCUGGCUCCAGUUGAUUUAAGGACAGAGACCUCGCAUCUCUUGGUCCCCUGGUUCAUUCCCCAAAUGCCAGUCACACCCAGGGCUGAGCCGUGCUGAAAUCAGGAGCCAGGAUCUGCCGCCAGGAUUCUCAGCAAUCAGAAAUGAGUGAACAAGCAACAGAAAGCAGUUCCACUCCACAGGGACCCAGGGAUAGAAAUUCUCCUGAGAAAACCUGCCAAAUCGGACAGAAGCAGCUGCAGCAGAUAGAGCGACAGCUCCGAUGCCUGGCAUUUCAGAACCCAGGACCCCAGGUGGCCGAUUUCAACCCCGAGACUCGGGAGCAGCGAAAGAGGGCUCGGAUGUCAAAGAUGAACGAGUAUUUUUCUGCAAAGAGUAAGGUGAUGAAGAAGUACAGCAGGAGCGGCAAACUCCUCUGCAAUGACGCCGACCUGUGUGACUGCCUGGAGAAGAACUGCCUGGGCUGCUUCUACCCCUGCCCCAAGUGCAACUCCAACAAGUGCGGCCCCAAGUGCCGCUGCAACCGCCGCUGGGUCUACGAGGCCAUCGUCACCGAGUCCGGGGAAGUCAUCAGCGCCCUGCCCUUCAGCGUGCCGGACUAGACUCGCCUGCCCCUGCGCGCCGCGGCCGGCCUGUCCUCCGGUGCACGGCGGGGCCAGGGCAGGUGCGAGGAGCACGCCUGCCUCGUGUCUCUCACGCUGCGGGGCAGGCUGGGGUGGGCAGUGAUUCUAGAACCUUCUCGAAUUCCUUGGCGUGUGACUGAGAAGUGCGACAGUGAGGGCCUCACCGAUACCUGUCUGCUCCAUCAGAUUUGAUUCUCUUCUCGUGUUCUGCCUGAGAAAAUGCAGUUGUAAUACUUUCGGGAGUCUGCAGUGGAGAGCUCUGGAUCAUACAUUUAUAGUAUCUGGUUGUCCUUAGGAUCUCGUAUGUCACCAUUCGAAAUCACAGUUGACAUUUGAACUUUUUUAAAGAAAAAAGACACUUGCAACUUUACACAGUAUAUCCACGGCCUCAUUUUACUCGUGUAUUAGUGACCUUAAAAUGAAUUUUGCUUUUGUAUUUUACUGGUAAAAUUGGACACUUAGGACUUGCAUAUCCUGAAAGUCAAUGAUUUUUUCACUUCAGGAGUAGUAGUUCCAAAUUUUCUCCACAGAAAGGAAACUGGACUUGUUCUUUGUUCGCUAAUCGAGUGUACUCAUUCACAGGCAGUUGGCGGAACACUGCGGUGGGCUUUCCAGUUCUGAUAUAUUGUAGGAGGUUAGCCUUCCAUGAAUUCAUUUUUUAGAACUCUUUUUACCCUAAGUCAGCGGUUCUCCUCAGGACACCUGUCAAAGCCUCCAUCUCCAGGCCCCACCCCUAGAAUUCCCAGCUCAUUAGGAUGGGGGCUCAAGAAUUUGCCUUUGUAACAGGAACCCUGGUGAUGUCAAUGUCAGAACCACUUUUCCAAGUUGUAUUAGAUACAUAGGUGGCUAUUUAAAUACAGUAAUUUAUUAUGUUUUUAACAGGAAUAGGAACAUUUUGUUUGGAAAUAAAUUUGCAAUGUUACAAA